AUGGUAGAACCAACCAUGUUUCAUCUCUUCAGUGACCAAGGGUCAGAUUCUUGUUUCUGCCUCGACAAUGUGUACUGCUCUUUCUACAAGUCUGUACAUAUAGCGGUGAUGAGACAGGGUGGGGCUGAACAGGAAUGGAUGGAGUGGGUAGAGCUGACUGAACAGGAGGGGCGGAAGGAGCAGACACAGGCCAAUACAUCAAGGAACGGGCAAAGCAGAAUAAGCGAAAAGCGUUACAGGAGCAGAUGA